AGGGUUUGAACAUAUGCAGAGGAGAGGAGUCAGAGCUGGGCAGACGUCGGCACACAGAAGAGCAGGCUGCAGAGUGGAGGUCCACCCAGCAGUGCAGGAGAGGUGGGCAACAGGGAAAGGAAGUGUGAUAGCGUGAGGGGAAAUGACUGUGAAAAUUAUUUGUUGCUGCACCAGACAGAGAUAGCGCUGCCCCGAAACAGACAUGAACAACAGCAGCAGCAGCACGAAACGCUACGUGUCCACCUUCAGGAUGCACAUCAAGCCAUGUUGCACCUCCUCUGCACGGGGGAGCAGGACAAGAUCUGAAGACAGCAGGACCCCCGUCAAAGGCACUGAUCCAGGGUCUGUUGGUGUCCCGUCUUGCAAACGUCUGGACCCGCCAGUGUUCAUGGAACCUCUGGAGGACCUCUGUGUGGAUGAAGGAAGUGACAUCGUGUUGCGUGGGUUUCUCACAGGAAGUCAGCCCAUCAAGGUGUCAUGGUUGCACAAUGGUGAAGUUGCCCAUUUUGGGAAGUCUUCCUUCAAUGACAAGGAGGUGAGUUUUGUGGUGAAAGAAUGCCUCCCGGAAGAUGCUGGUGCCUACACCUGCUUAACCGAGAACAGCGCGGGAAAAACAUCCUGCUGUGCUGCCGUGUUUGUCAGAGACUUUGAAACUAUCUGCAAUGUGCAGAAUCGUAUUCCAAAGAUCCACAGUUCUACAUCCAACAGUAUAACAGAAAAUGGGAUCCCUAAAGAUGAGGUCUUGAAGUCUGGCGGCUCUACGGCACGUGUCUCAGGGGCACACUCUGAAAAGGACAACCCGACUCCACCUCCAAAAGAAGUCAUCCCAAAGAGGCGAGCCAACUCAGCGUCAGGUCCAGGAUUACAUUUUCAAAACCCUCCGCAGCACGUUGAGGUGAAUGUUGAACAAACUGCCCAUCUGACGUGUCUCUUCACCAGCAGUCCUCCUGUGGUGUCCUGCUGGAUCAGAAACAAAGAGCAGGUUGUGGACGGGCCGGAGCAGUGGACAGAGAAUACUGACAGGAGCAGCACACUGGUGAUAGUAGAGGCCAAACCCCAGCACGCAGGUCGCUACACCGUUAUCGUCAAAGACCGCAAGAGCUCAGCACAGCACAUGCUCACUCUUUCUGUCCUCGAAAAGCCACAGCCUCCCGCCUCCUGCCCCGUGGCCUCCGUCGUCUCCGCGAGCAGCCUCGUGCUGUCCUGGUCGGGCCCCUGCUACGACGGUGGCAGUGCCAUCCUUGGUUACGUGAUUGAAGUAAAGAACCACCGAGGAGCUGAGCCUCGGGACUGGACUGAGAUCACCUCCCAAUGCGCAAGUACUUCUUACAGAGUGUGUUCGGGGCUGGAGCCGGAGGAGGAAUACUGUUUUAGAGUACGGGCCUAUAACGCUGUGGGGAUGAGUGAGCCAGGCCCCGUUUCACCAUCAGUGAGGCUGGAGCAGAAAGGCUCAGGGAAGUCUGAAGAAGAGGAGGCUCCUCGGGCAUACGCCUAUGUCACUGUUGAUUCUUCACACAAAGUCACAGAUCACUACAACGUGCUGGAAAAACUGGGAAUGGGAAAGUUCAGUCUGGUCUUCAAGCUGAUCCACAAACAAUCAGGACAAGUGUGCGCCGGCAAAUUCUACAAAGGCCGUCUCGCCAAGGACAGGGAGGCUGCUCGCAAAGAGGUCAAGCUGAUGAACCACCUUCAUCACCCCAAACUGGUUCAGUGCCUGGCAGCGUACGAUCACAAGUCUGAGAUCGUCAUGGUCAUGGAGUACAUUGCUGGUGGAGAAUUGUUUGAACGUAUCGUGGAUGAUAAGUUUGAGCACACCGAGGCUGCCAGUGUACAUUACGUGCAGCAGAUCCUGGAGGGCGUGGACUACAUGCAUCAGCAGAACAUCGUCCAUCUGGACCUCAAACCUGAGAAUAUCGUGUGUGUCAACAGCAGCGGCACUGCCAUAAAGGUCAUUGACUUUGGAUUGGCCAGCUGGCUCGAUGGAAACAAGCCUCUGAUGGUGAUGCAUGGGACUCCAGAGUUUGUGGCCCCUGAAGUCAUCAGUUAUGAGCCCGUGUGUUUGGCCACGGACAUGUGGAGCAUCGGGGUCAUCUGCUACAUUUUACUGAGCGGUGAGUCUCCAUUCCAGGGUAGCAGCGAUGCAGAGACCUUGUCCUUGGUGACGGCGGCCCAGUUCGAGUUUGAUGAGGAGAGUUUUGAGGAGAUCACAGGGGAGGCCCAAAGUUUUAUCAGCGCGCUGCUCACCAAGGACACGCGGCGGAGGAUGUCCUGUAGACAGGCUCUUGCUCACCCGUGGAUGGCAGCAUUUGAUUCUGGAGCUCACACUGUCACCAAGAGUCUGUCCAAAGAGAAAAUGAAGAAGUUCCUCACCAGGCAGAAGUGGAAGAAAGCAGGCAAGGCCAUGCUGGCCCUGAGGAGAAUGGCUCUGCUGUCCAAAGGAGAAAGCUCUGGAUUUCCAACCAGCCCCAAAGAGGUUGCUCCACUGGUCCCAGAAGCACAUGUGCUGCAGUCUCUGGAGCUAAAGAUGCAAGAACCUCCCCGCUUCACCCAGAGCCUGGAGGAUAUGAAGGUGGCACAAGGAUCCAGUGUCCGACUGUCCUGCCAUCUCACUGGAUAUCCAGACCCGGAGGUGGUGUGGCUGUGUGGGGAGGAGCCCGUGGAGGAGUCGCCCACGGUGCAGAUAGAGUACGAUGAAGAUGGUUGCUGUUCCUUAAUCUUGGCCAAAGUUGGCUCCAGUGAUGCCAACGUUUACACCUGCAAAGCCACUAAUGACCAUGGAGAGGCGUCCUGUUCAGCCAAACUCCUUGUUAAACAGUAGACGUUCUGUCUGUUCAUACGUCCACCACACCGCACAUAUAUAAAGUGCAGUCUUGAACUGCAGGUUCUCUCUCGCUCUAGUCCUAGAUAGAAAACGGACUGUAUUCAUAGAGCGCUAUCAUGCUCACAGCAGUUUACAGUGAUGCCUCACACACACACACACACACACACGUCAGCAUGCUGCCAUGCAACUGCACAUCAGCAGCAGCUUGGGGAUUAAACACCUUGCUCAAGGGCCCUCAGUGAAUUUCUGGUCAGGCGGAGAUUGAAUCAAGGAUUCUCUGGUUAUAAACCAACAUUUUAACCACUUAACCAUUUACAUUUAUUAAUUUUAUUAUUAUUUUGCUUCUGAACAUAAUAAUAUAUAUUUUCAUAAUAUAUACCACUUCUAUCUCCACAGUCAUAAUGACAUUAAUAUAUUUAAAUAAAUUACCAUAUUCAUAGCUCUGCAACACAAGUAGCGGGGUGGCCAUGGAGACGAACCCCGUGAGGGUUUGGAAAUAAAAACAAACUGACAAACAAGCUUAUUUCAAGCUCCAUUUAAGUUCAGCCACUCCUGCUGCUCCUGAUUCACAUCAUGCAUGUGAUAACAUUAUUCACUGCAACAUUCCCAGACAUGUCCAGCAGGUGGCAGACAAGCUUUGUGUAAAUUCUUGCACACCUGCUCGUAAUUUACAGCACCUACCAGGCAUCCAGCAGAUGGCAGUGUUCGGCAAGUGGCUGAUAUAAAGCUUUUUAAAUUGAUCGGGUCCUACAAAUUUAACAGUUUGUCAUCAUUUUUGCCUUUUUAAUUAAGUUACAAAAUGGUAGUAUUUAUUAUUUUUGAGUUACUG